CUUACUGAUGGAACAGGAGUAUUGUUAAAGGCUGAGAUCUAAACUGAGGCUGGGAGUUUGUUGAUGGUGGUGUAGAGAUACUUUGAAUUUUUGCACACAUCUGAGGAUCUUUUAAAGGCGUCCGUCAUGAAUCCCAUGUGGAAAGUCUAUAAGAGUAAAGUCAUGAAGACCCUCAACCCGGACAUGGAGGAAGACACGGUGGAAGAGGUCAGUGAUGCUGCUGAAGAUAUGAUGCCUAUCCAGUCUGAUGAAGGACCCAGUGCAAUGACACAGCUGGCCAAGAGAAUGCAGGGAGCUGGAGCUAAAGGUUGGAAAAGUGUUUCGUCUCUAUUCACCAAGGAUGAUGAACAUCAACUUUUGGAGGCAGACAACCAGCCGGCAGCUGAUCAUCCACUGGCAGUGAAGCCCGAAGAGCCUCCUCGACCCAACAAGCGCAGCACUGGAUUCUGGGACAGCUUUGCGACUAAGUGGCACCAAGAAGCUGCAAUGAGGCAAGCAGAGGCCGCGGAGGCAGGAGGCGACGGCAGUCAGGAGGUGGGCAAUGAGAGCGAGGCGAGAGCAGAAGACGGGGACAACCAGGUCGGGCAGGAGGCCGAGGCGGGCGACAGCGGCACGGGAAACAGCUUCUCCAAGUACGCCACACUGGGAGGAGGGAGUGAAGACACACCGGCCUUCAAGUGGAACUUUGUCACCAGCAAACUGGCUGAGCUGAAGACCAAGAGCAUGGCCAAGAGUAACUAACCAAUUGGUGAUCGCAAUUCAGACCACAGGGGCCACAGUGCUUCACAUGAGCCUUAUCACUCAGAUGAACAGUGAUCACAUUUCACCAAACCCAUUUAAAAGCAUCGACCGUGACCCACACUGUGGCCUCUGUGGGCCUGGACUGGUCGGCAUUCAUGUGAGAACUGCUGGUUAUGGGAAACGUCUGUUCAUUACUGAAUCAUUAUUUUUGCAAUUCUAUUUGGUGCAGAAAAAAUUACACACUUAACUUAAAAAAAAACUGUAAAAA